UAGAUGAUGCAGAUCUUGAACAGAAGGAUAUUUCAGAAAUCAAUUUAGAUUCAGGCUUGGACCUCUUUCAAGGCGACAUCCUCUUACAGAACUCCAGAAAUGCCCUGAGAGACCCAAGCUCCAGGUGGAAGUUCCCCAUUCCUUACAUCCUGGCUGACAACCUGGAGCUGAAUGCCAAAGCAACCAUUCUCUAUGCCUUCGAAAUGUUCCGCCUCAAGUCCUGUGUGGAUUUCAAGCCCUAUGAAGGAGAGAGCUCAUAUAUCAUAUUUCAACAGUAUGAUGGGUGCUGGUCUAUGGUUGGUGACCAACAAGUGGGACAGAACCUUUCCAUUGGCCAGGGAUGUGACUACAAGGCCAUCAUCGAACAUGAAAUUCUGCACGCUUUGGGAUUUUACCAUGAGCAAUCACGGACUGACCGGGAUGAUUAUGUCAACAUUUGGUGGGAUGAAAUUAUUUCAGAUUAUGAGCAGAACUUCGACGUCUACGAUGACAGCUUCAUCACAGACCUCAACACGCCCUAUGAUUACGAGUCUGUGAUGCACUACGGACCUUAUUCAUUUAACAAGAAUGCCAGCGUCCCUACCAUCACAGCCAAGAUUCCUGAGUUUGACUCCAUCAUCGGGCAGCGCCUGGAUUUCAGUGCCUUGGAUUUAGAGAGGCUGAACCGAAUGUACAACUGCACCACAACUCACACCCUUUUGGACUACUGUGCUUUUGAGAAGGCAAACAUCUGUGGGAUGAUUCAGGGCAACACAGAUGAUGCUGACUGGGUCCAUGAGGUCAGUGCCCAGGCUGGACAAGUGGAUCACACCUUGCUGGGACAAUGCAAAGGUGCUGGCUACUUCAUGGAAUUCGACACCAGCUCAGGCUCAGCAGAAGAGGCAGCCCUGCUGGAGUCUCGGAUUCUUUACCCAAAGAGGAAUCAGCAGUGCCUGCAGUUUUUCUAUAAAAUGACAGGAAGCCCUUCAGACAGACUCGUCAUCUGGGUCAGGAGGGACGACAGCACCGGCGAAGUUCGCAGACUGGUCAAGGUGAAGACCUUUCAAGGAGAUGCUGACGAUAAUUGGAAAAUUGCUCACGUGACUCUCAGAGAGGAAAAGAAGUUUCGCUACCUUUUCCAGGGCACAAAAGGCAGCCCUCAGAACUCAAGUGGGGGCAUUUACCUGGAUGACAUCACUCUGACAGAGACCCCCUGCCCCACAGGGGUUUGGAAAGUACGGAAUUUCUCCCAGGUCCUUGAGAACACGAGCCAAGGGGACAAGCUGCAGAGCCCGCGAUUCUACAAUUCAGAGGGAUAUGGCUUUGGGUUGACAUUAUACCCCCAUAGCAGGGUGAGCUCCAGCACAUCUGGCUACUUGAGACUUGCUUUCCACCUGUGCAGUGGGGAGAAUGACGCUAUCCUGGAGUGGCCAGUGGAAAACAGACAGGUGAUAAUCACGAUACUUGACCAGGAGCCCGACGUCAGAAACAGGAUGUCCUCAAGCAUGACGUUCACUACCUCCAAGUCCCACACGUCUUCAGCGAUAAAUGGCUCUGUUAUCUGGGACAGGCCGUCCAGGGUGGGAUCCUAUGAUACAGACUGUGAUUGUUUUAGAAGCAUCGACUUGGGCUGGAGCGCGUUCAUCUCCCACCAAAUGCUGGCAAGGAGGAGUUUCCUUAAAAAUGAUGACCUCAUCAUGUUCGUGGACUUUGAAGAUAUCAGGUACCUUAACCAAACUGAAGUUUCCACUGAAAGCGAAAGGAUGAGCCCCCAGGGCCUCAUUCUCCAAGACGAGGAGCAGCAGGCCUCCGAAGAACGUUCAGGGCCGGCGGCGUCAGUGGAAAACCAACCCGGAGCCCUGGGCCAGGGGCAGCCCGGCCGACAGAAGCGGUCAGUGGAGAACACGGGCCCCUUGGAGGACCACAACUGGCCACAGUACUUCAGAGACCCGUGUGACCCCAACCCUUGCCAAAACGACGGCGUCUGUGUGAACGUGAAGGGCAUGGCGAGCUGCAGGUGCGUCUCUGGACACGCUUUCUUCUACACGGGGGAGCGCUGCCAGGCCAUGCAGGUGCACGGCAGUGUUCUGGGCCUGAUGAUUGGAGGCACGGCUGGCAUGGUCGUCUUGACCUUCACCAUCCUCUCCAUCCUUCGCCAAACGCCAAAGCAGUGACCCCCCUGCUGGCCUCAGCCGGACCACAGAAGCACCUCCUCCACUCCGGCCUUCCCUUCCUGUGGUCAGCAUAGUUCGGGGCAGUUUUUAUCAGCCUUGCUUUGAAUGGGGCCUCUAAGGACCAAGGCCUCCAGUCCUACGUGUGACCCUUGUCAUUUUUCUGCCCCCUACAUGGCUCUGUUACCCUGCUAUGUGCCCCUAACGUAUCUAGUGUGUCCUGUGACAACACUCAUCAUGCUUAACUGUAAAUCACUUGUUUAAUCAACUGUCUUUCCCUUGGACUGUCAGCUCCAUGAAGUCAUGUCAUCCUCAUUGACCAUGUAAGCCCCAGUGCCUAGACACAGGCCUGGAUGGCACAUUAUGGGCACUCAGUAAAGGUUGAAUGAAUGAAUCAAUAAAUGAAUGAAUAACUGAGAUAUAGAAACUCUCUCACGUGUAUUUCAGAUCAGAUAUAUACAAUAAAAUCCAUGUUGGUUAUAUUAGAAUCAAAUAUUCAUUUUUCAUCAGACAUAAUUGUCUUAUCAUUCUUUUAAGAUCUUGUUGAAGGAUUUGAAAUAAAGAUUCCUCUGGGCAGCAGGGCCUCACAGCAUUUUCUUUCAUCUUUCUCUGAUGUUAAGUAAAGUAAGGAAAGGGCUCUAAUAAAUUCAACAAAUAUUUGGUUAAUACC